AUGUCUAUUUCUGAUUCCUGUAAGGCGUAUGAGAGGUUUCACAGCACACAUUACCAUGAUGAACCUUUUCCAAUGAGCAAAUCCAAGCUGAUCCGAUACAUCAAGUUCAGAGCUCGCAGCAGUACUUUCCCUGAGUUUCUCACCAACUUGGACAAACAUCCUGAACACGGGCCCGAAUGGUUGCAAGAGAUGAACAGCGAUCCAGAUGUAAAGAAAUUAAUGGAUUUGACAAUCAACCUCUGGCCACGCAUAGCAAAGCAAUGCAAGCUACCACUGAUUGGUGUUGGUAAUGUAUAUGAAACGCCUUCUUUUGAGCAAAGAUACGGAAAAUAUAUCAGAGACAAAGUGAAUCAAGAGGUCAUGUAUCGAGAAAGAGUGCAUGUUGUAGAGGGGAAAAAGUCAAAAGGAUUCAUGGUAACAGACCCAACACAAACCAGGCCAGACGAUACUGGAGCUUCUUCAGAGUCGCCUAUCAAUUUGGAUUACCCCACCUCAAGCAUCCACCCAAUCUACCGCUCUAAAUCUACAACAACAUCUACUUCAAUAUCGACUGCCUCGAAAUACACACCUUCCGCCAAGUACGCUGCCACUUCCACUUCUACUUCCACCGCCACCGCCACAUACAAAUCCACAAGCCAAUAUGAUCCCAAAAUGGAUGAGAUUGCCCUGCGCGAGGAAUUGCUGCAGCAAAUGAUGAUGCCUAAUCAGAUGAAAUUAGUCUCUCGAUUCAAGCCUUCCACGACCUCCAAAGCCCCUCCAAGAUCAUCCUCUUCCUCUGUGCGCUCUGCAUCACCAUCCACACCACCUUCACCAUCCAAACCCGCUGCGAAAAAGGAGAAGCAGAAAUCAGCGUCUCCAGCAGAGCUAACUGCUAAGUCUACCAGCAGCUCAAAAGCCAAGUCGUCUGCUACCAUGAGAAAACCCGUCAUUCAGAAGAAGACUCCCGUCAGUCAGAAAAAGACCCCAACUAUCAAUAAAGAACAAUCCAAGAACGACCUUCAAAAGCUGGCUCAAAAGGUUAAUGUCAAGAUUGAAAGACCACAAGAGGCAGAGGAGGAUGUUUUACCCCAUCAGCCGGUAGUCAAAAUUGUCAAGAGAUGGCCACUUCGCUAUGGCAUCAACGACGACAUUAAACCAGCCAAAAGAAGAGCAUCUCCUCCACUUGAGAUUCGUCAUCCUGUUGUUUUGAUCAAAAAGGCUCCUCCACGACCCAAAAAUCCAAUUGUCAAAAUUAUCAAAAAGAGCCCUAUUUCAUAUCGACAGCAACAGCAAGAUGAUGAGGAUGAGGAACAGAAUCAAGAAAAACAAGUAAAAGAGGAGAAAGACGAACACGAACACAAAAAAGAUGAUAAUAGCAGAAACAAAAGGCAGAAGAGAGACGACUGUUUAUAUGAUCAAAACAGAUUGCAAAUUGUGCAAAUUAUGAUUGAAAACCAUGCUUGA